CCAGUGGAAGUCCUGAGGAAGGACACAGUUGGACUCGAGACAGCCGUCCACAUGCAUGUUCACGAGCUGUCAAGGUUUGCUGAUGUGGAUGCAUCGCUUGUCAAGUUCCAGUCCUGGGUGUCUGGUGCACUGAUCCAGCCCCAGUAAGACAGAGUAGGGGCAUGGCGGUCUGUCCAGUCCUGAGCUUGCUGGGCCUUCUUCUGCUACUGAUCACAGCACCCACAUCCCAAGGCCAAGGCUGUCCACAGCGCUGUGACUGUGUGCCCCAGAGUAAGGCUGUGAAUUGCCAGAACAAACGUCUCAGUUCUGUUCCAAAUGGAAUUCCAAUUGACACACGGCUGCUAGACCUCAGUGGCAACAGUUUGCGUUGGGUGGAACAUGGCGAUCUGGCAGCCUUUGUACAUUUGGAAGAAUUAGAUCUUAGUGAGAAUCUCAUCAGUGUGCUAGAGCCUAAUGCGUUUUCCAGCUUAUUGAAUCUACGUGUGUUACGCCUGCGCGCCAACCAGUUGAAGCUGGUGCCAAUGGGUGCCUUCUCGCAUCUUGCCAAUCUCACUACUUUGGACUUGAGUGGGAAUAAACUGGUUAUCUUGUUAGACUUCACUUUCCAGGAUCUGCGUAGCCUAAGAAACUUGGAGGUGGGAGAUAACGACUUGGUGUACAUCUCAAACAAGGCAUUCCUGGGCUUGGUUGGACUACGUGAGCUCACAAUCGAGAGGUGCAACUUGACAUCUAUCUCAGGCCAGUCUCUUUCCUACCUCCGUGGUUUGGUCACGCUGCGACUACGCUACCUCAGCAUUGCCUCAUUAGAGGAGCAGAACUUCCGUAAGCUGGGUGGAUUGCGGGGUCUAGAGAUUGACCACUGGCCAUUCCUACAGUACAUUUCCCCACACAGUUUUCAGGGACUCAAUUUGUCCUGGCUGUCAAUAACCAACACCAACAUUACCACGGUUCCUACUGGUGCCCUUCGGAGCCUGAUCCAUUUAGCCAGCCUGAACCUUUCUUACAACCCCAUCUCUGUGCUGGAAUCUUGGGCCUUGCGGGACCUGGUCCGUUUAAAGGAGCUGCACCUUGUUGGCACCAACAUGGUAUCAGUGCAAACUUACGGUUUUGGAGGCCUGCAGCAGCUCCGUCUGCUCAAUCUGUCCAACAACAGGUUGGUGACGCUAGAGGAGGGCUCUUUCCACUCAGUAAACACGUUGGAAACACUACGCGUUGAUGGUAACCCACUUUCUUGUGACUGCCGCCUGCUUUGGAUCCUGCAGCGACGGAAGACCCUCAACUUUGAUGGCAAGUCACCAGUUUGUGCUGCGCCUGUUGAGGUGCAGGACAAGGCUCUCAACUCCUUCUCCGACUCUGCGCUUUUCGACCACUUCACCUGCCAACGGCCAAAGAUCCGCAACAGAAAACUGCAACAGCUGACCGCACGCGAGGGUCAGGUGGUGUCCUUUUUCUGUCGUGCAGAAGGAGAGCCGACUCCGGUCAUAUUUUGGAUUUCACCUCAACGCCGUCGCAUCACCACUAAGAGCACCGGCCGUAUCAUUGUGCUACCAGAAGGCACGCUAGAAAUCCGCUAUGCCCAGAUAACAGACAGUGGGACCUACAUCUGCAUUGCCAGCAAUGCUGGUGGCAAUGACACUUAUUUUGCAACACUAACGGUUAGUGGGCUGCCACUAGAUGCAGCUGUUGCAGCAAAUCGCACCUACUAUGUGGGUGACCUCAAUGACACUAAUCUGAAUGACACACGUGUCUUCCUGAAGUUCACAUUAGACCUUAAGACCAUUCUGGUCUCCACAGCCAUGGGCUGUAUCACAUUUUUGGGUGUAGUUCUUUUCUGCUUCUUGCUUUUAUUCGUGUGGAGUCGUGGACGUGGGCAACACAAAAACAACUUCUCAGUAGAGUACUCCUUCCGAAAGGUGGAUGGCCCCACAACCAGCGGGGGCCAAGGAGGGGCUAGAAAAUUUAAUAUGAAAAUGAUAUAAGGGGCAUAAAUAGAGGACCUGUGUACCUUAAAUGUGAUGACAGGGUAAAUAAGUACUGCACAAAAGAACCUGGUGUAUGUAUGUCCCCUUUCUUUUACUGGACAGAUUUUUACAUGUCAUCGCGUGUCACAAUAUCAUAUUUUUUCAAGAAAUAGAGAAAUAAGCCAUGAUUAAACCAUCAGUACUGCAAUGGUUUACUGAUACUUUGCUUCAGCAACUUGCACACUGGAAUUACUCUUUGUAUUACAGUGUGACACAAAAACAUUAUUAAGUUUAAUUAAUAAUUGUAUAACAACAUAGGGUGUUAUUAUGUAAU